UGUAAGUUGAUCUAAAUAAAUAACGACAUGCCAGAACUAGUAGCUACCGCAUAUAGCAUGUAUUUACCUAAAUAUCUUACUUCUUAAUUAACUUACCUCUGUAGGCAAGAUUUCGUAGAAAUAACUUUUGCUUGGAUGUGAAAAAAGAUGGGCAGCUACAGUGACUCCACCAGUGACCUAGAUGAGGAGUUGCCUGUGUUUGACUUCCUCCAGCCGGGUCGACAUCUCAGCCAAGCCUCCCAGAGCUACACAGAGAAACCAGACUUGAUCGACCUGGAUGACUCUGGUGCAGAAGAGGCAGCCAUCUCCUCCCCAGCAAACGGCAGUGCGGGCAAAUGUACCGCUGAUGUAAUGAUGCUCAGCAGCGAAUCUGAUGAUGAAGCACCUUAUGUCCCUCUGGCACAGAGACUCAAACAGAGACAAGACAAUGUGAUUAGCGCCUCCUCCACUGUCACUAAUGGGAAAGGAGCUGAGCUGUAUUCACCAUCCAAUCUGGCCAGUUCGCAGCUCUCUUGCCGGAACGGCUAUUCAGAGUCAGAGCGCCCGCUCGGCUUCCAUCAGGUGAGAACAGUGAACCACGGGGUCUCAGAUGGCUCAGAGGAGCUGGCGGCUCUCCCUCAGCGAUGGCUGUCUCAGAAGCCUCUCUCCGGUGCAGGAGGCACCGACACCUCUCCUGCCAAGAAGAUCCAGGCCUCCAGGGAGGACGCUCUGUUGAGGAGGCAGGCCAGGGAGAGACAGCAGAGGGGCAAGGGGGCACUCAGGCAGGAACAAGAGAGACAGAAAGCAGAGAGGAAAGCUCUGGCGGAGGCUGCCAAGGCCCUUAGGCCGGAGGAGUGUAUCAAGCACAUGGUGGUGGCUGUGGAUCCAGCUCUCUUGCAGCUGGAAGGAGGCGGGACCCUGCUGGCGACGGUGCAGGCUCUGGGUUGUAGCUGUGCUAUAGAGAAACAACCCCUCUCACACAGUGUCAGCUGGAUGAGGAGGGCUCCCUGUGCAGAGUCAGGUGACGGAGUGUGCGUUCCAGAGGCCCAUGUUGUGAUGCAGAUGACAGUUGAUGAUGUCGUCACUCUGAUCCACAGCCACAUUCAGGAAGAGAGGCUUGGUAGGUCUGGCUCUGGUCCCACUCUGACGUCCUGGGUACAGGAGCAGCAGAGGCGUCAGCCCGGCAAGAUCCUCAGCCUGGUGGUACUCGACUUGGAGAAGUACUUCAGAUCCCAGAAGUCAAAAAGCCAGAAGAGGUUUCGAGAGGCAGUCGCGGGUGAGGAGAAACUGGGAGGAAAAGUGAAGAAGAGAGGGAGGAAUGGUGGAGCUCAGACGCUGCCUGAGGUGUCACGAGUUGAAGUAGAGGAGGCAGUGGUGCAUCUCCAGCUUCACACUGGGGUCUCGGUCUGCUUCUUGUCGACCUGGAAGGACUUCUCAGACCACAUUGCCAUGACAACCAAAGCAGUUGCAGAAGCCCCUUUCAAGCGAGAGAGGGAGCAGACGGGCUUCUCAUUCUACCUGGAGAAUGAGUGGGCGGGGGGGCAGCGGGUGGAUAAAGCUGGGAAGGGGCUGCUGCAGGUGUGGAAGAGGCAGAUCCAACAGUUGAAUAGAGUCAGUCCAGACAUGGCAUCAGCCAUCCUGGCAGCUUAUCCUUCCCCACAGCUGCUCAAGAAGGCUUACAAUCUGUGCAAAGCAGACCGCGAGAAGAUCUCCUUGUUGUCUGACCUUCUGAUCCGCAGAGGUGAAGGUGUCACAUCCACAACUCGACGGGUCGGUCCGGAGCUUUCCAAACGCCUCUACCUCAUGAUGAACUCCUGUGAUCCUGAGCAAACUCUGGACUCCACCGCCUGACCUUUUUGAAGUCAGAUUGUUUCUGAUCUUGUUCCAGCCGGACUGUGGCAGUUCCUGUUCACAGCACUGAAUUUGAUACUAUGUAGUUAGAAAUCUGUUUUUAAUGUUAAUGUAUUAAAUUUUUAUGAAACCAUUAUUUUUGAAAAUCACUACCAUCUAAAAAACACAAUUUACAAUCAUUAAAGGGAAAUUCUCAUUUUUCA